UUGUUUAUUGUUUGACAGGCCAAGGGAUAUAGAGUCGGGCCUGUUUAUGAUGAUGUCUUGGCAAUGGCAUGGUUCUUUUUGGAGUUGAUUGUAAAGUCAAUGGCAUUAGAACAAAAUCGUCUCUUUUACCACAGUCUUCCUUCAGGUGAAGACAUUCCACCAUUGCAGUUAAAGGAAGGUGUAUUCCGAUGUAUCAUGCAGCUUUAUGAUUGCCUUCUAACAGAGGUUCAUGAACGGUGCAAGAAGGGUUUAAGCUUAGCUAAACGCUUGAAUAGUAGUCUGGCUUUCUUUUGUUAUGAUCUGUUGUCGAUCAUUGAGCCACGCCAAGUUUUUGAACUGGUUUCAUUGUAUAUGGACAAGUUUGCUGGGGUUUGCCAAUCAGUUUUGCAUGAUUGCAAACUGACCUUCUUGCAAAUAAUAUGUGAUCAUGAUCUCUUUGUGGAAAUGCCUGGGAGAGAUCCUUCAGAUAGAAAUUAUCUCUCAUCCGUUUUAAUUCAGGAAAUAUUCCUCACCUUGGAUCACGAUGAUUUAUCACAACGGGCAAAGGCAGCUCGCAUCUUGGUGGUCCUAAUGUGCAAGCAUGAGUUUGAUUCUCGUUACCAAAAAAGUGAGGAUAAGUUGUAUAUAGCUCAGUUAUAUUUCCCACUAAUUGGUCAGAUACUAGAUGAGAUGCCCGUGUUCUAUAAUUUAAAUGCUGUUGAAAAACGUGAGGUCUUAAUUGUCAUUUUGCAAAUUGUAAGGAAUUUGGAUGAUCCAUCACUUGUUAAAGCAUGGCAACAGAGUAUUGCUCGAACCAGAUUAUUUUUCAAACUCCUUGAAGAAUGUCUUUUGCACUUUGAGCAUAAGAAGCCAGCAGACAGCUUGCUUUUGGGAUGUAGUUCACGCAGCCCUGACAACGAAGGACAUGCUUCUCCAAAGUACUCUGAUCGUCUUUCCCCUGCAAUUAAUACGUAUCUUUCUGAGGCUUCCCGUCAAGAAGUUAGAGGGACACCUGAAAAUGGAUAUUUGUGGCACAGAGUCAGUCCUCAGCUAAGCUCACCUAACCAACCAUAUUCUUUAAGGGAAGCUCUUGCACAAGCACAAUCUUCUAGAGUUGGAGCUACAACCAGAGCUUUAAGAGAGUCUCUCCAUCCUAUACUGAGGCAAAAAUUGGAAGUUUGGGAAGAAAAUUUGAGCACUGCAAUCAGCCUUCAGGUUCUGAAGAUUAUUGACAAGUUCUCAGUUGCUGCAGCAUCUCAAAGCAUUGCCACUGACUAUGGAAAGCUAGAUUGUAUCACAUCUAUAUUGAUGGGCCUCUUUUCUCGGUAUCAAUCAUUGGCAUUUUGGAAAGCUUUCUUUCCUGUGUUCAGCCAUAUAUUCAGUGUUCAUGGUGCAACACUGAUGGCAAGAGACAAUGAUCGCUUCUUGAAGCAAGUUGCAUUUCACCUCCUACGGCUUGCAGUUUUUCGCAAUGACUCCAUCAGGAGAAGGGCUGUCCUUGGUCUGCAGAUACUUGUUAGGAACUCAUUUUACUAUUUCAUGAACACAACACGGCUGAGGGUCAUGCUGACAAUCACCUUGUCAGAGUUGAUGUCUGAUGUACAAGUAAGUCAGAUGAGGCCUAAUGGUUCUCUUGAAGAGAGUGGCGAAGCUCGACGACUCAGAAAAUCACUGGAGGAAAUGGCAGAUCAAAGUACGACCAUAAAACUAAUAAAUGAUUGUGGACUUCCUGGCAAUGCACUUGAGGCAAUUCCAGAAUGUUCAACAGAUAAUAUUUGGUCUUGGUCAGAGGUCAAAUAUCUAUCGGACAGUCUUCUUCAGGCACUUGAUGCAGGCCUUGAACAUGCACUUCUGGCUUCUAUUAUGACUGUAGAUAGAUAUGCAGCUGCCGAGAGCUAUUAUAAGCUUGCAAUGGCUUAUGCAUCUGUUCCUGAUCUUCACAUUAUGUGGUUACUGCAUCUGUGUGAUGCUCAUCAGGAGAUGCAAUCAUGGGCAGAAGCAGCUCAAUGUGCAGUAGCUGUUGCUGGUGUCAUUAUGCAGGCCCUUGUUGGAAGGAAUGAUGCAGUUUGGAACAGAGAACAUGUGGCUUCAUUGCGUAAGAUCUGCCCAAUGGUCAGCAGUGCAGUUACUGCUGAGGCAUCUGCUGCUGAGGUGGAAGGAUAUGGUGCAUCAAAGCUCACUGUUGAUUCUGCAGUUAAAUACCUUCAGCUAGCAAAUAAGCUUUUCUCGCAAGCUGAGCUUUAUCAUUUUUGUGCCAAUAUUUUGGAACUUAUAAUUCCAGUCCAUAAAAGCAGAAGGGCAUAUGGCCAACUCGCAAAAUGCCACACAUCCCUUGCAAGCAUCUAUGACUCGAUUCUUGAGCAAGAGUCGAGUCCGAUACCCUUUAUAGAUGCUACCUAUUACCGAGUUGGAUUUUAUGGAAAUCGAUUUGGAAAGCUAGAUAGAAAGGAGUAUGUAUACCGGGAGCCACGAGAUGUUCGUCUAGGUGACAUAAUGGAAAAACUAAGCCACAUAUACGAGUCCAGGAUGGAUGGCAGUCAUACCCUGCAUAUCAUACCAGAUUCUCGACAAGUCAAUGCCGAAGAGUUACAGCCUGAUGUCUGUUAUCUACAAAUUACAGCUGUGGAUCCUGUUAUGGAGGAUGAAGACCUUGGCAGUAGAAGGGAGAGAAUUUUCUCUCUGUCUACCGGUAGCGUACGUGCCCGAGUUUUUGACAGAUUCUUGUUUGAUACUCCAUUUACAAAAAAUGGAAAGACACAAGGAGGCCUAGAGGACCAGUGGAAGAGACGAACAGUGCUCCAAACAGAGGGCUCAUUUCCUGCUUUGGUGAAUAGGCUUUUGGUUGUCAAGUCUGAAUCCUUGGAGUUCUCUCCUGUAGAAAAUGCAAUUGGAAUGAUAGAAACCAGGACAGCGGCAUUAAGAAACGAGCUAGAAGAGCCUCGUAGCUCGGAAGGUGACCAUCUCCCGAGGCUUCAAAGUCUACAGAGGAUACUCCAAGGCAGUGUCGCUGUGCAGGUGAACAGCGGUGUUUUAAGUGUUUGCAAAGCUUUUCUAUCUGGUGAACCUGCUACAAGGCUUCGGUCGCAAGAACUGCAGCAACUCAUUGCCGCGUUGCUUGAAUUUAUGGCUGUUUGCAAACGUGCAAUCCGGGUACACUUUAGACUGAUAGGUGAAGAAGAUCAGGACUUCCAUACGCAGCUUGUAAAUGGGUUCCAGUCGCUUACAGCUGAGCUUUCUCACUACAUUCCUGCCAUCCUUUCAGAGCUUUGACUACCUUUUCUUUUUCCCUUGUAACCUGCUUAUAUGCUGCUUGUUUUCCAUUGGUGCCGAUGUUCAUAUUUUUGUAAAAUUAUUUUUUGUUGUAUAUGUCCUCGUCUUGACAACAUGGUCUAGAAUUAUCUACUGGUUCCAUUUUGUUUCGUCUUUUUUAAGAUUAAGAUCCAUCUACUUCUCGACAAGGAGAUGGCAUUAAUGUACUAUGGAAAUUGUCACGGAUUGACAGUCAACAUGGUGGCCUGCUUUGUUGAGGCUUCUUUUAUCAUUUUUAAAGAGCCUUUUGUUCUGGGCCGUAAA